AGACAUAUCCAGCCACGGUGGCCCAGGUGCCGACUAUGAGACCUCACAUUGGGGAGCCUCUGUACAGGUUGACAGCUGCUCCAGUGAUGGCACCUGGGACGAAGUGAUCAUUGACAGACGUGAUACAGAAAACUGGCCAUCUAUCAGCCAUAGUAUUGACCACAGCCACUCUGACCAAGACAAUAGUACUGUCACUACUACCAGUAGGAGUGGUUUUCCGAGUAUGGCUGCAGGUGCCACAGGCCAGAAGGCCCACUACAACUCUCUGAAAACAAAAAAUAACAUGAUGACAGGACCUGUAUCAACCAAUACAUUUACAGGCACCAGGGGCUGGGGAUCAGAUGGAAAACAGGAAGGAAUGAAUGUUAGCAGAGUUGGAGCUCCCAACAACUGGGGAUCACCCAAUUUUAACUUGAACCUCAAUCCCAAUGCCAAUCCAUCAGCUUGGCCUGUUUUGGGUCAGGAAAGUGCUGGAGGUGGUGUUAUUGGUUCCAAUGGAGUGUCCAACUCUUCAUCCCUCCCACCAGGUAUAAAUGGCAAUGCAAAUGUUGGUAAUAGGAAUGCAGACAAUGGUGGGGGGGGGUGGGUUAGCAUGAUAAGUACUAAUGAAAAUGAUCAGCAGCAUCCUUCAAACAAAACAAAAUUAUCUUUCAAUAUGGAGCCCGCUAACCUUAACACUGACGGACCAAAUUACACUAAACAACAGCAACAAGCUCAGGAGCCAAUGAGCCCUAUCCAUGGCUUAACUGGCUGGGGAGGACAGUCACCCACUGAAUCAUCCCAGCUCAAUGGUGACACAACAGGCAGCUCUGUAUGGGGUAGUGGAGAAAUUAAGACAGCUGAGUCCUCCAAAGACUCAACAUGGAACACUACCCCUUCUGGAGGUCCUUCUGCUUGGGGCCGCCAAGGCAGUGGUGGUGGAAGUAGUGGCUGGGGUGACUGGGGCAAGUCCUCUGGCAGUGGGGAUGUAUCAAAAGGCUGGGACUCAAUAGAUGCUGGUAGCUUUGGCUCAGGCCAAGAGCAGCAAAUUAGCUCAUGGGGUAAGCAUUCUGGGACAGCCCCAGCUAGUGAGGAUAGUGGGGAUAGCAGCGAAGGUCAAUCCUCCUGCAGAGACAGAUCCUCCAGCAUGGAAUUUACCCCUGUGCUACCCUGUAAGGACCUAGACCCUAGAGUGCUGAGUAACUCAGGUUGGGGACAGACUCCUAUCCGACAGCACACUGUCUGGGAGAUGGAAGAAGGCAGUUCUGAUGAUGGAAGAAGCAAUUGUAGCUCAGACAUGAUAGGAGAUUCAAGCUCUAAUGGUGGAUCCCCCUUGGUUAUUGGAGGUACUAUCAACCCUAUUAUUGGACCCUCUCAGAGGUGUAGUUCUGGGGUAAAGAGUGAAAGUGAAGGAUCAUCAUCCUCAGGCUGGCGACCUCCUCCACCUCAGCCAAUUCAGACUGGAUCAGGAUGGGGGGACCCACAUUCAUCACUUAAAGCCCCAAAUGGCACAACCAGUGGAUGGGGAGAUCCUUUACCUACUAAUGGUUCUAAAAGUGGUAGCACACCUUCCUGGGGUUCAGAUGAUAAGUCACCCAACUGGGAUGAUGGCCCAAAGAAAAACCAGCCUGGAAACUGGGGAGACAGCCCCAAAAGGGCUCAUGGUUGGGGUAAUAGUAAUGGGGCCUCAAAUGGCUCCACCACAGGAGAGUGGGAGCCAGACAUGAAAAACAAUGGGUCUUCUAGCAGCAUGUGGGAAGGAGAAGGAGGUACUGUAGGAAGUGGAGGAUGGAAAGAAAGCCCUAGAGGAGGUGUAAGGGGAGGAGGGGGGUGGAGCAAACCUGCUCCUGCUGUGAAUAACAGCAAUUGGGGGGAGUCCUCACAUACCAAUGGGCCAAUGCAGGGAAGCUGGGUCUCUUCUAAGCCACAGGAAAACAACAGCAGCAGCACUGGUAGUGGAGGAUGUGUCAGUAUUGGCUCCUGGGGUGGUCCUAGUUCUGUGAAGCAGAAUAACUCAAGCUGGGGAAAUACAAGCAAACAAGACCAAGGCAUGGAGCCUACUGGCUGGGAAGAGCCCUCACCUCCCUCCGUUCGCAGAAAGAUGGAGAUUGACGAUGGGACAUCAACCUGGGGUGAUCCCAAUGCCUAUAACAAGACUGUCAACAUGUGGGAUCGUAACAAUCCCAAAAGCAACACAGGCAAAAGUGCCCCACCUUCUACCAAGAAUGGUGGAAUUUUGCCCAACAAUAACAACAAUCCCCAUCACACUCAUCACAUGCCCCACCAUACCCAUCACGGCCAGGCUCCAACUCACCUUCAGCACCAAGGAAACAACAAUGGAUCACCCAGCAAUGCCACCUCACAUCCAGGAUCAGGGCCCCAGGGUAGACCUCCCCACACCAACCCAGGUUGGGGAGAGCUUCUCAAUGUUCAGCCCAUGUCAGAGCCUGCUUGGGGAGAGCCAGCAGCUCCAACAUCAACAGUGGACAAUGGUACAUCUGCUUGGGGCAAGCCUCCGGGUGGUGUAGAGGGGUGGAGGGAAGGUGGCCAUGAUCCCCCUGGACCUUAUGUCAGGGCCAGUGGACCCACAGGUUCUGCAUCUUGCAACCCAGGUCCCAAACCUAUGCAAGAUGGCUGGGGAAACGGAGGAGAGGAGAUGGGUACGUCAUCCAGUCAAUGGGAGUCAGAGGAUGGAGAUAUAUGGAACAGUCCCACCUCCCAGGAAAGCAGUUCUUGUAAUUCCUGGAGCAAUGGACCCAAGAAGUGUUCCAACAAGGGGAAGAUAAGCAACAAGCCAGAUGAAGCCUGGAUCAUGAACCAUCUCAUCAAACAGCUCACUGAUAUGGGAUUUCCGAGAGACCCUGCUGAGGAGGCACUGAAGAGCAACAAUAUGAACCUUGAUCAGGCCAUGACUGCCUUGCUAGAGAAGAAGACGGACCUCAACAAGCGUGGCAUGGGCAUAUCUGAUUACAGCAAUGGCAUGAACAAGCCCAUAGUGUGUCGGCCUUCUGGACUCUCCAAAGACCCCACUGACUGCACCACCUUUCUCGACAAGGAUGGAAUCAUGUCAGAUGAUGCCCCCCCGUCACCGUUUUUGCCUUCCCCUAGCCUAAAGCUCCCCCUGACCAACAGUAGCCUUCCUGGGCAGGGUCUGGGACAGGGCAAUCCGGGGCUGGCCAUGCAAAACUUGAAUAACAGACAGAUACCCAAUGGAAUGUUUGGCACUAGUGGGGCAGCACAAACCCGGGUCAUGCAGCAGCAGCAGCCUCCACAGCCAUCAGUGCCACCUCUCAACUCCUCCCAGCCUAAUCUACGUGCUCAAGUGCCUCAGUUUCUCUCCCCUCAGGUCCAAGCACAGCUCUUGCAAUUUGCAGCAAAAAAUAUUGGUCUUAACCCUGCACUUUUAACUUCACCAAUAAACCCUCAACAAAUGACCCUGUUGUACCAACUUCAGCAGCUUCAAAUGGCAUACCAGCGUUUACAAAUCCAGCAGCAGAUGAUGCAGGCGCAACGCAACGUUUCCGGCCCUAUUAGGCAACAAGAGCAGCAAGUUGCACGUACAAUCACCAACAUGCAGCAGCAGAUCCAGCAGCACCAGCGUCAGCUGUACCAAGCGUUGCUGAUGAAGCAGCAACAACUUCCUUCUCAUUCCUCCUCCUCUGCUGGUCUACACCCCUCUGGUGGCCCUGCCGGAGGCCCCGGAAAAUCCCCUCUGGACCCUUUUACAGGCUCCCACCAGGCUCAAGGCCUCGCUGACUCACUGCACACCAAAGAGCCACCAUCUUCACCCAAUGCCUACAGCACAUACCCGCUCUCUGGACUGAAUCCAAACAUGAAUGUAAACUGCAUGGACACUGGGGGUCUGUCCCUGAAGGAGCCCCAGUCCCGCCUGUCCCAGUGGACACACACUAACUCCAUAGAGAGCCUCUCCGUCAAUUCUUCAAAUAUGGAGAACAGCCUAAGUAAGCAUGGUGCCAUAUCUUCUACCCUGGGUCCACCUGGGAAGCCUCCACAGUUGGAGGACUCAUACAGCCCGUACAAUCUAAUCUCCAACUCUGAGUCCAACAAUAGUGCCCUGGUCGCACCCGAAAGCUGGGGCCAAGGCAAGAGCCCCGGUGAAAAAAUCUCCAAUGGGACCAAUAUUAAUUGGCCCCCAGAGUUCUGCCCAGGCGUACCAUGGAAGGGCCUCCAGAACAUUGACCCGGAGAAUGACCCUAAUAUGACCCCUGGCAGUGUCCCCAGUGGACCCACCAUUAACACCAACAUCCAUGAUGUCAACCGAUACCUGCGAGACAGAAAUGGAGGUAAACUAUCUGAAUUGAAAUCCACCUGGUCCCCAGGGCCCAUCUCUCAAAGCCAAGCCUCUCUGUCACAUGAGCUGUGGAAAGUCCCUCAGGGGCCUCGCAGCACGACUGCCCCCUCCCGGCCCCCACCAGGCCUCACCAACACCAAGGCCUCUUCCACGUGGGGAGGGAAUUCAUUGGGACUGUCCCAGGGAUGGAGUGGCUCUUACUCCUCCUCAGAGGGAACCACAUGGAGCACUGAUAGCCCAAACAGGACCAGCAACUGGCUGGUGCUGAGGAAUCUUACCCCACAAAUUGAUGGCUCUACACUUCGGACCCUUUGCAUGCAGCAUGGCCCCCUGAUCACAUUCCAUCUUAACCUGACCCAGGGAAACGCUGUGGUGCGCUAUAGCUCCAAGGAUGAAGCUGCCAAGGCCCAGAAGUCCCUGCACAUGUGCGUGCUUGGAAACACCACAAUCCUGGCAGAGUUUGCCGGGGAGGAGGAGGUCAACCGUUUUUUUGCACAAGGCCAGUCACUAGGGGCGAACACCACGAGCUGGCAUGCUAACCCGGGAACCAAUCAGAAUCGAAUGGGCGGAGCAAAUCAAUCUCACUCGAUUGGCCAGUGGAGCAGUGGCACUGGUGGGGGCAAGAGUAAUGGGGGUGAUCUGCUGUGGGGCGGGUUUCCCCAACACUCCAGCCUGUGGGGACCACCAAGCGGGGAAGAUGCCCAUGUCAUCGGAAGCCCCACCCCUAUUAACACCCUGCUGCCUGGGGAUCUUUUGAGCGGGGAGUCCAUGUAGGAUGACACCCCGACAUGCUAACUCGCCUCCAUCAUGCCAUGUAAAGCCACUGGUGAGUAGUGAGGCGUAAGAAGAAAAACUCCAAACAAAACGUGGUCAAAAAUAAGCAAAAGCAAAACCCAAGCAAAUCAUGUGGCGAUAAUCAGUAUCAGCUUAAACUGUUUUGACCUGUGAAUUGUGAAUCAGAAUCCUGGGGUCGCUAACACAGACUUUACACCCCCGUACCUCUGCUUCACUGUGUUCUUCGUUUUUUUAUCUGUUUACCAUUUUUUAUUUUCAUUUUUUAGAUGUAUCCUAUAGCAAGGAACAGAAAUUAGAGAAAACAAAAAGUGAUCUUUGAAGAGUUUUUAAGGUUUUUCCAGAAGUAUACAUAACGUUCUGUGUGAAGUGUUUUAAAAGAAGCAAUCAAAGCUGCCAUUUUCUUUUACCCUGUUAAAAAAAUGUACAAAACAAAGAAAAAAAGAAAUAACACUUAAAUCAACCAUUCCCUAUCCGUGGCCAAUAUCCCUGGCCAAUGAUGUUGUUGAAAGAACUUUAUUACUUAUGUUAAUGUUGGUUUCUCAGCACUAAUAUUAGCCUUAAGUGCUCUGGCCCAGGCUCUUCUCAAGCCGCCUUUUUUUUUAGUUUGUUUUGUAACUGAAGAAAUAGCUGAAAUCUUGCACAGUUCACCUCUGAGCCAACAAUUGGAACAGGGCACGAUUGGUGACCUGCUCCAGUCACUGGGCAGUAAGAAAGCCUGGCCACAUGACUAGCACUACCAAUCAUCUGCUACAGUUAUAUUGAUUUUUUUUUUCUCUCAAUGGGAUUGAUGCAGCUGUUAAAUGUUUUCUGUCAUUCUGUAAAUCCUAACACAAUAAUUUUUUACAUCAAGUGGAGCAAAAAUAUAAGCUGGGAGAGUUUUGCUGCUGUGUGCAUGUCCUUUUGGAAAUCUUGGUCCAGUGGAAUCUUAAACAUCAACAACCGCUGAUCCUUCUGGUCGCCUUCAGCCUGAACUCCACUCACUUACUGGUGCUUUGUUAAAUUUUAUAAUGUCCGGUUCCAGGUUAUUUUGUUUUUUUGCUUUUUAAAAAAAAAAAAGAAUUGUCUUUCUUCUAAAGCCCAGCCCACCUCAUCGAUCAGCCCAUUUCAGAGGGGAGUAUCAAAAAAGGAAAUUUUCCUUGGUUUUACUUUCAUUUGACAUUAACAUUGUGCAUUAUACUGCAUAAUAUUUUCUUCCAUCCAUACUCUGCCAGAGCUGGUGUUUUUUAAAAAAAAUUUUAGUCUUCUUUGUGGAUUAUUGUAAUUGUUGCUGAUUUAAACAAAAUACUUUUGAACUUCAAAAACCUUACUCCUUUUCAAAAUGUGGAUUACCUCCAGGCAUCCAAACCCUCUGAAACUGUUGGGAAAAUUCUGCAAAGAGCAAGAAGCAGCUGUAAAACAUUGCAUGCAGCAAGCUGUACUGACUGCAAAAGGUGAAGAUGGGUACACAAAAAUGCACAUUUCCUCUCUGCGUGCCACAGCCACACCCAACAGAGACUGAAACCACAGUGGGAUUGGAUGGUUCUGGGUAUCUGGCACAAUACCAAAUAAUCCUAAUGCAGUAGACCUUUGAGUGUUCCUUGCGUUUGGUACUGUACGAACAGGAGAAACUGAGACUUUUAUGAAUUCAAAGGGUUUUGAUCAUAGCACUUAUGAAAAGCAAAUCGCUUCAUCUGCAAUCCAAUAAGAAAAAAAAAAUGCGGAGCAGCAAAAACAUUGCAACCAACAAAACAAAAUGUUGAAAAUCCUGAUGUUUUUACGUACUGUCAAUUCUGUGGAAAUGUCUGCAUUUGUUUCUCAGUAGCAGGAUGAAGGAACUGAAACGCACCAUCGGACUUUGGGGCAAAAAAUUAACCGACCAGGUUGUUUUUUUGUUUCCUUUUGUUCUAUUGCGCCCCAACUUUGAACUAUGUCAAAAAUGAAUAUCACUGUUACUCCAAAAUGGAUUGCCUUGUUAUUUUUGGAGACGCCAAACUUGCAAUGUCAAUUGUCUCCGACACCCAGCUGGCGGGCGAGUCAGAAUGGAGUAAGUGGGGUGGGGGAGUUUCCACUGAGUGCCUCUUUAAUGUGGUCCUCCAAGGGUCAGGUGGCAGCCCCACAGUGCAGAACUUUGUCCUGGACCCUCGCUCCGUUUGGAAAGAAAGACAGCACCCCAAAACUGGUUAAUUGUGCCUCUCUGCCACACACAACAUCUCUAAUGGAGGGGAGAUGGGGGGGAGAAGCACCACCACUUGACUUUGCUGUCAUCCUGCUGCCCUGACUCCAUCUCUCAGUUCUCUGACACAAAGAUCACUUUACCUGGAAGAUGUAAUAGUCAUAUUUCUGGAAUUUUUUCCCAGUGUAUCUUGUAUUCUUUGGAGAGAAUUGUUUGACAUUUUUUACUUUUUUAAUUUGUUCAGUUUUAUUUCAGUGUAUUAUAUUGUUAUUAAUAUACCGGCUGCUGAACUAGCCCUUCACUGUUCAUAUGCAGAACACUUAGGUCAGAGGUGCCUCUGUAUGUUCAUCCUGUGUGUUGAAUGCAAAAUAUGGAUCAAUGUUAGAGACAUCAUUGAUUGUCUAUUGUAUUUAACUGCUCAUGCUUUUUGUUUAACAGUAUUUUCUGGUACUUCCAGGUCGUAUUUUGAGAUGUUAAAAACAUGGUGUUUCAGACGGGAAUGUGACUGUCUGCCGCUCCAAGCUGCUCUGCCUGCCUGCAGGCCGCCCCCCCCCCUUCUUCUUCUUCUGCCUAGCUGCUACGCUAUAGCCUCCUCCUCCUCUUCAGCCAGACCCAGUAGCCCUCCCCUAACCAGGCACCAACAGGCCCGGUUCUAUGCAAAAGACUAGAGACUUGGCCCCUGUACGGCACGCCAAACCUCACUUUGCCCUCCGUGUACUCCUGUCAGCACUUCAUAAUGGCCACAGCCUCUGUAAAGUCAGGCUAAGCCACUAGAAAACUGUCAAAGUAAAGUCAAACACUUGACAAAAAGGUUGGCUUUUUUUAUCUGUGCUGUAAACGGUUCUGUCCAGCUUGAUCUCAGGGUAAGGAGUUGAUAAUAGCAAGUUUAAGAUGCAGCUCUCCAUAUCAGUUCUCUGCUGUGUGGGCCAACACUAAAAGGCCCUCGAAGCGGCAAAUAGCUUAGAAAUAUUGAGCUUGCGCCUAAAAAUUGAACCUUUAUAGAAAGGCGAAUGGCCUGUAUUGAGUUUUUUUCUUUUUUCUUUUCCUGAAGGAGGUUUAUUAUUACUGUUUUUGGGGGGCAUGUAUGUAAAGAUGCCACUAUAUUGUGCCAAUAUAGAUUAGCUGUGUUGUACUGUAUCUUUAUAGAGAGCACUUAUGAUACUUGUUUUUGGAGGCGCUUUGAUAAACUUAGCAGAGGUUGCAAGGGGGGAGGACAGGAGGGAUGAAAAAAAAGAGUGGCAGCAUCACACUCUAUGAUGACUCAGUUGUUUUUUUUUGUUUUUUUAGAAGUCAUUUUGGGGAAGUGUAUGCCCAAUGCUAAGGAGAAAAUAUGAACUCAGUUGGGGGUUCCAGUUUGCUACAGUGCACAGUUGAUAAUGGGAAAUCCCGGGUACAUAUUUUUUUAAAACCAAAAAGGAAAAUGCAUUUUAACGUCAUUUUUAUGAAGUUUGACAUAAAAAGCUUAAAAAUGCUACAAAAUCUAAAUGGAAAAAAGAUCUAUGAUAUCUUAAAGGUCUGCACUUCUUGCUGAAAUGUCUCCGGUCAUCCACCUACGUCUAAAAGGUUGUGGAAUGUUGGCCGGGGCUCCGUUUUGUGGAUGCUAUAUUUAUCUUGUUUUGUGUUUCACGUCCUGCUCAAAGCGGGUCCACUGAACUGUACAUUUCCACAGAGCCAGAUGGCUAGGGCCCUCUGUAUCAGCCUCACUUUCCCCUUCAGCAGCAGCCGGAGGGGAGAGGCACAUUUCAAGAGGAAUAGGAAUGAGGAAUUUUAAAAAAUGUUUAAAAAAAAAUAAUUAAAUAAGGAUGCUGGAAAAGGCUACCUUUCAGGACUUGAGGUCCUGCAGCACACAAGCAAAAAUCACGAUUGCCUGUUUCUGUAACUGCCUUGAUCCGAGCUCAGACCCAAUAGCCGAGGACCUCCCAGCAUCCUGUGCUAACUGGAGAACCCUGACAGCUAAGGGUGUCUCCCAUGCUGCACCAGCGUCAAGAGGCUCUCCUCUCUACAGCUCUGUUCUACAUAGCAGCAUAUACGUCAACAUGAUGUAUAUGUAUAUACUGUGAGGACUAUCACCUCUUAAGACUUCUAGGAUCGUAACCUCUGAAACGUUUCACUUUAGUUUAAACCGUCCUGAUUUGUUAGCUGAAAAGAGCAAUAUGUAUCUUUCCCUACAAAUAAGUGAUACAAAGGAACCAAUUUAGGUUGGAUGUAAACUGAUACUUGAUUGUUUGAAAGCUAUGUCUUUCUUACAUGAAGUUAGAUAUGCACGUAAUAGUUUUGGUGAAAUGCUACAGUACUCUAAAGUACUUGUAUAUGUGUGUAUUUGUUUAUUAGCCUGUCAAGAAGCUUAACCUGAAUCACCUGGUCUGAUGCAUAUCUUAUCCACUUGUUCAAAGAAAUCAAAGACCUAUCAAAACGAAAGGAAUGGAAAAUGUUUUGAACAAAAAUACUUGAAUCAAGGAUCACCAAUAACAUAAUGUGAAGUCAGUAAUUAUUUUUUGUUUCUGUCCAUCUGGCAGGUACACUUAUGGGCUUUCAGAGAAUAUCAGACAUGCAUUGCAUUAGGUUACAAAUACAAGUUUUUUUUAGAAAAGAAAUUUAGAAAAGAAAAAAAAAGGUCAUAUAGAUGUGUGCUUGUAAGUCCAUUUUUUGUAUGAAUGUGUACUAAAGAAACUGUGUAUGGGGCAUGGUAUGUUUCCACUCAGUGUGUAUUUUGUCUGUUGAUAAUAUUUUUUUUUUCCUGUCAAAACUUAUUUUGACAGACGUUAUCUUCUAACGUUGUGUCUUGUUCCCCUCAGCUAAUCGUAGGAAAAACUUGACUAAGCAAGGAGGGGCAAUGUUGACAAUUCACGUGUACAUGUUUACUCAAGGACUUUUGUUUUCUUCCCCAAUUCUGUAUGUAAAAACAAACAAAUGUAUCUACCUUAUAGUGGCUUUUAUUGUGUGAUAAUCCAAUUAAAUGAUUAUCAAUGAGUAUAGCACCAUUUUGUUGAAAUUAUAUGAAAAGGUAGCAAAAAAAAAGUUUAAAAAAAAUUUAAAAUAGAAAAAUAGUCGGGGGGAAAAGAACUGUGGCCAUAGAUAGCGGUAGAGAUUAGUAAUUCAGAUAUUAACUUGAUAGAGAAGUGAAAAGGGAUAAAAUGUUGGAGGUGAGUUAGUUACAAAACUCAUUUCAGAGGUGCCUAUCUUUUGUCUUUGUUUUGCAAAAGCCACCUGUCGUUUACAAGGCAUUUCAUUCGUCUGAAGUUCAUGAAAUUAGGACUUUCUAACAGGAAUGUCGUUAAAAGACAAACUUCAUCUUCCAUCUACUAUGACAUGGAAAAUCUUGCAAACUGGAGAUUUUAUGCUACUUUCAGAACUCUGGGAUUGAUCAGUGUUGUCAUGUUUAGAACUUUAAUUUCUCUCUGUGUCUCUACGUGCAUAUUCAGUUGUGAUUUGAUGUUUUCUGUUAUACUGCAAUGCAGUAUGCACACAAUCUUGCACACUCGUUUGGAAAAAAAAAAGAUGUGGAUAUUGUCUCAGGAAGGCCAGGGUUCCAGAUACCAACUCCAUUAUUUCUAGGUAUAAAAUUAGUUGUGGUGAAUUGUGAAGAAAAACAAAAACUGACAACUACUCGACUCCAAGCAAGCACUGAAGUAUAUGAGUUGACAGGUUUUAUAGUGCCACUGUUUCUUUGAAACUACAAUACAAAAAUACAUUUUCGUAGCAAGUUACAUAUUUACCAAAUACGACUGAGAAUCAAUUUUGAGAAGAGUGGAGUGCUUUACACAUUAAAUCUUUUUAGAUAUUGCUUUACCUCGAAAAAAUGAACAAGGCUUUGAUUGUCAAAAAAGACGGUGACAAAAAUUAAGUAUGUAAAGUACCUCUUUAAUUUUCCACCCCAUAGUUCAGGAGCAUUGUGCAAGCCUUUUUAUGUAUUUUUCCCCCCAAAUCAUUAUAUCUGUCCAUUGUUGUUCCUGUGAGAGGUUGUCAGUUGGUGACAGAUUUCCUAAUAUGUAACAGGCGGGUUUUGGUGUGAGAUUAAAAUGGAAGAAUAAAGCUGUUUUUUUGUUUUGUUUUUUUAAGGAUCAUGAUCUAUGCACAAGUGGGUGAGAAAAAUCCAAAUACCUGCUGAUGUAUUGCAGGUGUUAGCUGGCUCACUUUGGGAUUCAGGGUUUAAUGUAGGUUCGUUUUGUUUUGUUUUGUUUAGUCAUCCUUUACCCCACACACCCCCAAUGUCAAUUAUAGUUUUAGCAAAACUUUGCAUUGCAUUGUCAUGGUGUGUAAUCCUUCACCAUUGAGCGCUUAUUCUCCUGCUAAAGCACUGUGGGUUGUAUUGAAAGGAAAAAAAAAAAAGGCCAUGACUUUUAAGGCUUUUGUUUAGUUGUUUUAAGAAUAUGAUGGUGAAUGGGUCAAGGAAUGGGGAUUCAUUGCCUUUGCCUUGUCAUUUUUCUUUGACUAUUUUUUUUUGGGUGGGG